AUGUAUGUCAAAUGGCAUCCUCCAGCUAGGGAUACAAUUAAACCUAACAUCGAUAGAGCAGCCAAGACAACCACCUCUACCAAUGGUAUUGGGGGAAUAUUCCGUAGUACAUCGGGUCAAUGUCUAAUGGGGUUUAUGGGUGCAAGAUCCUCAGGAAAUUCCACGUGCAUGGAAUUAAAUACCUUAUUACAGGGCUUACAACUAGCAAAGUUACAUCAACUCACACCACUAGAAGUAAAUGUGGAUUCUACUGUGGUAAUAAUGAUACUCAACAAUGAUAAUUUACAUUACUCAUCCUCUUUAGUGGAAUGCAGGUACUUACUUCAGCAGCUAGGUAAUCCGUCAAUUACCCACACAUACAGGGAGCAAAACUACACUGCACAUUAUCUAGCUCAAUAUGGUUCGUCUACAAAUGCACAAGUUAACGCAACUAUCUUCACUCAGCCUCCAGAUUUUUUGUUGCCACAAUUGGUGGAUGAUCAAAAAGGCACUGCCUACCAGAGAUUAGUGAAGUCUACAUGUACGACGGAUUUGUCCUAUAACCCUACCCUUGUGGCAUAUGAUCACUCAAUUGAUCCACUUUUUGAUUACAACUCUUGUAAUACUAUGCAACUGGCUCCUUGUAAUGUUACUGUUUAA